AAGAGCAGAGAGUGUGGAACUGGGGAUGGAAGAAGAAUAAGACCAUUGGAAGAAGAGAGUGCCUUUGUGAUAUCGAUACAUUUCAAAAUAAGAUCUUUAAUUAGGUAAUAAUUAGGCAUAUAAUCCCUGACAUGUGCGCCGAGUCGCUAUUGAAGAUUGAAUUCAUCAUCUUCCCUAUGACCUUUCCGGACACCCUUUGGACUUAAACAACAGUUCUCCAUUUUGUAUGGACAAGAAAGGCAUCUAAUGUAUUACCCUCCUGCAUACACUUUACAUCUGGUGCGCUUGUUUCGGUCUUCAUCGUCAUGGCUGCACAUGACCCCGCACGGACCGCAGGUUUCCCGUGCAAACAGUGCGGGCUGACGUCUCCUAACAUGGCCAUGCUAGUCGAGCACAUGGACGCACACCUGGAGCAAGAGGAGGAGCGCAAAUUCAAAUGUGACGAAUGCGGACGUGGGUACAGACACGCCGGCAGCCUCGCCAACCACAAAAAGGCUCACGACGUCGGGUCCUUCGAGUGCUACGUGUGCGGCAAAGAGAACUCCAACGCUUUGGCCUUGAAAAGUCACAUGCGGAGUCACACGGCUCACAAAAAGUACUCCUGUUCGCAAUGUGGGAAGGCUUUCCGUCUGGCAACACAACUUGCCACACAUGAACGGGUUCACCGCAGCUCGCAAGUAAAAGAGCAGGAAGACAUGGAGUUUGAAGACCCAUGUGAGAUUGUUAUCAAUCAUCGGAACAAGCAGUCGACUGUCGGGAUUCAAAUGGAAAACGGCCCCGUUGACGACCAGAUGGAGGUUUAUCAUCGGCAGUCUGACGACGCCACCGGCCGACCUUUCAAAUGCGACCUGUGCGACAAGACGUACAUUCACCUCAGAAGUUUGAGCAACCACAAGAAGACUCAUCAGGUGGGAAUGUUUGAGUGCACCGUGUGUUUCAAACUCUUCAACAACAUGGCGGCGCUCUACAGCCACCAGAGGACCCACAAGGUCAGAAGCAGCGGUGGAGGCGGCAGGGGAGACGGAAGCUCAGCGUGCGGCUUCUAUUCCAACUCCACGCAGGAGCAGUUUUCCCCUCCGAGUCCUGACGCUCCUGUCAACUUCUGCCAUUUGUGUCAGGUUGUGUUCCCAAGUGAUGAGGAGUUCCAGGAGCACAUCCAAAUGCAUAACUCUUCAUCUGCACCCUUUGGGCUGCAAGACGACACAGCAGAGAGCCACAGUAUGACAUAUGACAACGUUACCUCACAUAAGUCCAAUUUUUAUACAGCUCAUAUAAAUAAUAAUCCUUCUUUACCAUCAGUUGAAAAUACUCAAGGUUUUAAUCAGCUUCAUGGAAUGAUUAGCAGUAACGGUCACGUGUAUUCAAACUGCUCCAAUAGUCAAACAUCAGCUUCCAACUGCUCUCAGGGAGAACCCCCACUCAUAGACGCAAGCAUCGUCCAUCCCGCUCUGAACGCAUCGGAAAUCGACGACCCUUCCGUCGCUGAUGCCGACGAGCGUCCCUUCAGGUGUCAGAUUUGUGGCAAGAGCUACCGCCACUCCGGUAGCCUCAUCAACCACAAACGCUCGCAUCAGAUGGGGAUUUACCAGUGCUCCAUCUGCAGAAAGAAGUAUCCUCACUUGGCUGCGCUCAAGAGUCACCUUCGCCUUCACAAGGGUCACAAAUCCUCCCUCAGCCCCAACGCGGAGGGAGACUGGCUCUCCCCCGAGACUUUCUCGCUAAUCAACCAGCGGAACCUCUUCUCGUCGCGAGAGGAACAGGAUGAUGGCACCCGGCUUGCGUUUGGCACGGAUCAGCAAAACGGCGCCGUGUACCACGCCCAUCAGGAUGGGGCGCCAGACGCGAGCGCGCGGCUACCUCACGGCGAGCGCUCGACGCAGCGGCACAUGUGCGCCGACUGCGGUGAGACUUUUGGUGACAUCGCUGGGAUCAUAGCGCACACUUGCCCCCUGCUGCAACAGCAGCAACACACGAGCGAGGACCGCGACGCCAACGGGAACUUCCCUGGCACUGUCGCGCAGUUUCACGGACUGAAUGAUGCGAAUCCUCAGAGUUACUUCGAGCAGAACUUGCAAGAAAACAUCAGUAGCGACCAGCUGAACGGCAACGGCGAAGAAGACGACGGCGAUCUUUAUCAGUGUUCCAUUUGUGGAAACAGCUACAGCAGCAUGCGGGCCCUCCGGAGCCAUCUCCGAGGACACACGCAGUCCCAGUGCGCCGCCGCCAGCUCGGGACCCUCGUCCAUGUCCUCUCAGGAGGAGGCCAAAGAUGACGAGCCGGGGGAGAUGACGAUCUGUAGUACAUGCGGCGAAAGCUUCGCCAGCAGGCAGGACUUGGCCGACCAUCAGCUCGUGCACGUCAAGCACCAAGACGAGGACGGCGUCGGCGAGAGUGAGCUGCCAGGAGUCGAGGAGGGAGCGCAGAGUACCAUAUGCGGUCGCUGUGGAAUUUUUUGCACCAGCUACCAUCAUCUGGAGAGCCACGAGUGCACAGCAGAGAAGAAAGAAGAUGAGGAAGCGGAAGUACAAGCAAAGAACUUGCAGCAUGAAGAUCGGCGCGAACUCCGAGACAACUUCGACGACCGUCAACACAGAUGUGAUCAGUGCGGCCGCUCGUACAGACACUCCGGCUCCCUCCUCAACCACAAGAAGUCCCACAAAACAGGAGUGUUCAAGUGCAGCGUGUGCCAGAAACGCUUUUACAACCUGUUGGCUCUUAAAAACCACCAGAGGUCCCACUUUGACAUUAAGAGGCAUACUUGCCACGAGUGCGGCAAAGCCUUCAAAAUGCAGAAGCAGCUUUUGAUCCACCUCAGGAGGCACAGGGAGAACCGAGCCAAGAUCCAAGAACUGAACGACCAGAUCCAGGCCCUCAUGCAGAUGAACAAGUCUGACGCUGAAGAUGCCAGAGAAGCGCGGGGGGGAACGACACGCGAGGCUGCGGUCAAAUCAGAAGACACAGGUGACAGGCGACCCUUUGCGUGUGAGCAGUGUGGUCGCACGUAUCGCCACGCCGGUAGUCUGGUUAACCACAAAAAGUCCCACAAAACGGGCCUGUAUUACUGUUCUGUUUGCAACAAAGCUUACUCCAAUCAGCUGGCCGUGAAGAACCACUUACGCACUCACUUCGGUAGUCAAAAGCAUUCUUGCCAAAAGUGCGGAAAAGGCUUCCGAGGAAAACGGCAGCUGUCGGCUCACAUCUGUGCGGACUCCCGGAAGGGCGGCAGGCGGAGCCUGAGGUCUCGAGUUUCAAAGUGCAAACAGUGUAAACAGACGUUUCCUUCCGCCGACCAGCUGGCGGUCCACGCCUGCUCCGGCUCCUCGGGACCCGCGGCGAGCAGCAAAGAGGCGCGGAUGUUCUCCUGCAACAUUUGCCACCGCAGCUACCGCCACGCCGGCAGCCUCCUGAACCACAAGAACACGCACAAGACGGGACACUUCACCUGCACGUUCUGCGCCAAGCACUUCACCAACCCCAUGGCGCUGCGCAACCACACGCGCAUCCACACGCAGAAGAAGAAGUACGCCUGCCUCACGUGCGGGAAGGCCUUCCGCCUCGCCAGCAUACUGCACAACCACCAGAAGGUCCACAGCCGCGCCGACGGGCACUUCAGCUGUUCGGCGUGUGGGAAGAGCUUCCAGGGGAGGUCCGGACUCAAGAGGCACCGCUGCCGGAGAGGUCAGGGAGAGGUCGGGAUGCAGCCGGGAGAGAGCCAGGACAAGUGCUUCACGUGCGACCUUUGCGGACGCUCGUACCGCCACGCAGGAUCCCUCCUCAACCACAAGAAGACGCACUCGGAAAACCUCCACCACUGCAGUCUUUGUCUGCAGACCUUCCCGGACCCCCUCACGCUCCAGAUCCACUCCCAGAUGAGGCGCCAUUGCUGCCCGGAAUGCGGUAAGACUUUCUGUCUCGUCGCGCACCUGCAGAGCCACAUGGAGGCGCACUCCAAGGAGCGCUCCAAGGACCCCUACGCCCACGCCAAUGACCUUAGCUGGACCGAACCUUUGUCCCAUCUUGCCGAGAGCGCGAGCGACCAGGCGGAGAAGAGCCACGUGUGCGAGCACUGCGGGCGCACCUACCGCCACGCCGGCUCCCUACUCAACCACAAGAACAGCCACAAGACUGGCUCCUUCUCUUGCGCCGCCUGCCACAAGCAGUUCUCCAACCUGAUGGCCCUCAAGAACCACCGCCGCAUCCACACGGAGCCCAAGCGCUACCAGUGCCUGGAGUGCGGCAAGGCCUUCCGCGUGUCCACGCAGCUCAUAUGUCACCGGAGAAUCCACAGCAAAGAGAAGCCCUUCGCCUGCGUGCUGUGCGACAAAAGCUUUUCCAGCAAGUCCAACCUGAGGCACCACGAGAAGUUGCACCAGAACCACCACGCUUACGACAACUCCUCCUCUUUUAGUUUGGAUGCGAACAACUUCAUGGGCUUGGACAUGGGCUCUUUCCUUUAGAGUUUCGUAACUCCGACUGUCUCUUUCCCGCAACUUCUGAAUGUUGUCCGCAAAUCACACGCAUCUCCUCGCCUUCCUGAAGGACAAACAACCAAAGUGAUCCGUACAGCGCAGCCCGCUUUCCCUGCACCUGUCCGGCGCCUGUGUCAGGAAACAUCAAAUGCGUAUAUACACGACUCGCUAAAACUUAGGCUUAAUUUGACUUUUGUUUGAAAUGUUAGCAUGGGCCAAACAUGCAAUAUAACCUUUUCUGGUGAGCUUAAGUUCACCUUCUCUAAACCUUUGAAUGUGCAACUGUUCAGUGUUUCAGUACAUUGCACAACAUGCCGUUGUCUAGCUAACAAUGAGCUGAACGGUGUUUGAUCUGUGAAAUCUUCCAAGAACGUUGCCUUUCUGUGACACUUCCAGUCUCUCUGUUGCUCCCUGCUGACGACACACAAUCAGAAGCCGUUGGCGAUGAAAGCCCUUUUCAUUGACUUGUGCAUUUCGCAGACGGAGACUCUUUACGCUACGCUUUUUCAAUUUGUUUCUUGCUUAACACCCGGAAAUUUAGUUUUUGUUGUGAAAGACCAUCUGAUACAACACGGCAUUUUUGAUUGGCCCGUACGUGGAUUUUUUUUGCUCUUCAGCUCCUUGUUAGAGAACAAUCAUUGAAACAGAGAACAGUUAAAUGUGUGAAUUCAAGUAUAGAGAAGGUCAAAAUAAGUUCACCCGGAAAGGUUCUAGAGCAUUUUAGGUUCAUCCUGAAAUUUCACCCAUAAGCAAGCCUAAUCUCCUUAACUUUGUGGGAGUCGUGUAUGUUUGAAGGACUGCUCACGUCACAAACCUCGUUAAUAAAACGUCAAAUACCUCAACUAGUUGGUGUGAAGCUCACUCAAAGUGAUGGACGGAAAUCUAGUAAAUAGCUGUUCAACUACUAAUACAAUAAUUAGAAUUGAAAUCCUUGUUAAGUGACAUAGUAUGCUAAAAGCAAAAUAUGUUCUUGGAUGUUUGACUAGGGGAACUUUUUGUGAAUGUAAAAAAAAAAAGUUUUGUGUAGCCUUUAAGGACCUUUAUGUCAGGAAAUCAACACAAACAAAGAUUGGUUUAAAAUGGUACUUGUCACAAAAUGGUUUACUGCCAUAAGCUUGAGAUGGCUAAUAUAUAUAUAUAUAUAUAUAUAUAUACACACUUUUUUGUCAGGUUUCAAUUCAAGAUAAUUUUUUUUUUUUUUAAUUUUUUAAUUUUUAAAAAAAAAAAAAAAUUUUUUUAAAUUUUUUUUUAAUUUUUUUAGGACUACACACUAAUAACCUAGGUAGCGAUGCACAGUUUUUAAAAUAUCCAUUAGGGCUGGGUGAAAGUCUUUUUCACCAAAAUCGGAUUUCCAAUUUGAGCUAUUUUUUUUUUUCCCCACGCCUCUUAACAGAAAAGCGAAUGACUUGCAUUCAAAACACAUUUUGCCUUGUUUUUUGUUUGUUUGUUUUGCUUUGUCACUAACGCCUUUUUUGAAAAAUAAUAGUCAGAGGGGUCUAAACAAUCACCAAACUGUGAAAAAAAACAAAACAAGAUGAGUCGCCCAGCAGUAAUAUAUAUUGAAAAUUACAUUUGAGAAACUGUUGACACUGUCAGUCAAAUGUCAAUACUUCAAAAGUAGGCUGUAAUAGCGACUGUCAAUCAUACAUUAACAGUGUGAACACCCACGGUCAAAUAAUUUCCCCAAAUAUGAAGUCCCCUUGACUCGCAUCUAUUUUGACUCUCUUUUGGCUUGACUCGUCUUUCUUGCAGAAGGGCUCUAACUGCGUCAUUAUGAGAAGUUGGGCCGGGCUGUUCCAUAAGCCGAUAUCCUACCGGGGGUGUGUUCACUUUCUAUAUCAGGGGUGGGCAAAGUACGGCCUGCGGGCCACAUGCAGCCCGUUCCCUUCUUAAAUGUGUUCCAAAUGUUUUAUUUUCCAUAAAAUUGCUUUAUUCUUUUUAAAUUCAGUUAUUAAUUGUCAUUGAUUUUUUUUUUUUUUGUAAAUAACGUUUUUUGUAAAAUUAAAAACAAUGCAUAUACAUUGAACUUUUUUAUUUGGUUUGUAAUCUUUUUACCUAAUCUUCGAAUGACCUGGCCCAUCUGUCUCUCUCAAAAAAAAAAAAAAAAAAAAAAAAGUCAUGUACAAAAAGUUUGCCCACCCCUGUUUUAUACGCACUGUGGCAUUAUGAUUUUAUCCCAUGAGUGUGAUCAAUGUUAACUUUUCCAAUCAUAAUUGAAACGCAUGCAGCCCACAUAUUCACAUUCAUACUUUCAGGACGACUGUGGAGAAAUCUCACCUGUUCACGCGCUUAAGUGUCUUUUUUGUCUCAUGCCUCGGCCGCACAUUUCUUAUCAUUUUCUUUCUUUGCCUUAUUUCCACAUCGUCCGCGCUGGUCACACACGUUUGAAAUACCUCGUCCAAAUCUCCCGUAGAGGAGGGACACUGUUAACGUAACGAGCGUGAUCACUUUCAUUUGGACAAAGAGGCUGGCGAGCGCCACUUUGCCGCAUUGAUUGUAUUUGCACAUGCGGACGAUGAAAUAAAUGGCAAACGACUUUGAGUUCCCGAUUCAAGCGGAAGGUUCAACAUGUGCUUUGUGUGCUCACUAGCCAGUAAUAGUUUGGUCAUACUGGAAAGGGAUACAAAAUGUUAUAUGGCAUUUAUUAUUUGAGAGGAAGAGCAUUGCGGCGUUUCUCAUUUUAUCUUGUACUAUGACUAAAAACGCUUUUGUCUGACAAUUUUUAUUUUGUCCUCUAAUACAACUUGUUUCCUCAUAUAUGCUCCCCCCCACCCCAAAAAAAAAAGAAACUGCUAGUUUUUAUACUUCUAACACCGCAACUUUUUUCUUGUAAUAUUCAUCUUUUUCCCUCAUAAAUUGAUGGCUUAAUUUAUUUUUCCUGUAAAAUUAUCCCAAGUUUUCUCUUCUGCCUCCCCCGCCUUCCCCACACAUCGCAUAAAAUGGUGACUUGCAUUUUUUCCCCCCAGUGAAAUGAUUUCUUUUACUUUACUCUUCUAAUAUAUAAAAUAUUCUUUGUAAUGGCUUUUUUCCUUGUUAAAAUUAUGUCGUGAUUCUAUUCCCCUUUAAAAUGACAACUUUAUCCCAAAAGUUUCAUGGAAUAUUUCUCCUUUUUGCCCCCUGAAAAAUGAACAGCUUUGAUUCUCUCUCACCCCCCCCCCUGUAAAAUUCAGACUUUACUCUUUAAGUACUGCCACUUUUUCAUAAUAAUAUUGGGCUUUUUUCUUUAUAUCAAAACUUUAUCAUAAUGCUCCAAAUUUAUCCUAGCAUAAUUUCAACUCUGUUUCUCGUAGUACUACGACUUUGUCCCCCAAAAUACAAUUGCUUCUCUCUUCAGUGUGAUCCCAUUUAUUAUUCUUCCUUUGUACCAAACUGAACAGGUGUUGCAGACUGUUUAUGCCAUUUUUUUGUUGUUGCUAUUAUUUAUAUGUUAAUAGUGUUACGUAACGUACUGUAACGUAGUUUAUUUGCCAUUGUAGCCUACAUGCAAAGCAGCAAAUGCACAUUCAAACUAAUAUUUAGUUGUUGUUGUUUUUUUUUAACGUUUAUAUGAACGUUUCGUCCCCUGUUGCACUUCCGCACCCUCCUCCUCCCUCAACAUUGUAACUAAUCAAGUAUCCACUGGAGUUUUGUACAGUUGUUUUGUUUUGUUUUUCUUCUUCUUCUGUAGGAGAAAUUAGAAGUGCUAGAUUAGUUAUUGUGUAAUACAAUGAGAAAUAAACACCUCAUGUAAUGGAUUUCAAGUGCUCUGCGCAGUAUUUAACUCAUAUUUAUAUAACUAUUUUGUCACAGAAGUGUAGAUUUCUACUUCUUUGUGAGAGGUUCAU